CAUAAAAUGAAUAUAACUUUUAGUUGUUAGGUAGUUUGUUUCUUAAAGUUUCUAUUUAUUAUUAGUUUCAUGUAAAUUGUUAUUAUUUAAUUUAUUUAUGGUCACAAUGAAUUACUCAAUGAUCAUCAGGUAUCAAUUAUAUACUGUCAAUUACUAAAAAAUAUUGACCACAAUCAAUGAUCUAAUUUAAAAUUGUAAAUAAUGGCUUAUGUAAACGUUGCUGAUUGGAAAUCUGACCAAGUAGCUGAUUGGCUCAAAGGUUUAGAUAGUGUUAUUAUACCAUAUAUCAAGUACUUCAUUGAUACAGAUGUAAAUGGUCAAAAGUUAUUAGAUAUGCAACCUAAUGACUUGGAUAAAAUUGGCGUGCAAAAAAUUGGACACCAAGAGUUAAUAUUAGAAGCAGUAGAUCUUCUAAGAAAUUUUCAUUAUGAACUGGAUAAAGAAAAUGUACAAUUACUAGCAUUAAGAUUGUCUUGCAGCGCUCAUAGCUUAUACAAAGACAUAAAACAAAAUUAUUUAAAUUCUACUCAAGUUCCAACUAAAAUUCUUACAGAUGUUGCCAAUACAGUAGCUGCAUUAAAACCAUUAGUUAAUUGGUUAAACAGACCUCCAUUUUGUGGCCAACCACAUUAUAUAAGUAUGAAAAACAAUUUACUUAAGCUGGCGCUUGAAAUAGUAACUAGUGGUCAACGUGAUCGGUUCGCUGAGAAUCCAGUUGAAAAUAUUUUUGAGAUUGCUAAACAAUUAGCUCAACAUGCUGAUCAUGUUAUUCAAGAAAGCCAAGAUUCUCUAAUUUUACAACCGGCUUCUUUGGAUGUUGCUACACUUAAAAAAAGAUCUGGAGAAUCUCUGGGAUUUUAUAUUGUACCUUCAUUUCAUGGAGUUCAUCAAGUUGGAGAAGUGAAAUGUAAUAGUGUGGCACACCAGUGUGGUAAAAUUGAGGCUGGUGAUGAAAUAGUACAAGUAAAUUAUCAAACUGUGGUUGGUUGGCAAGCUAGACAAGUAAUGGCUUUGUUAGAAGAAGCUUCAACUGAUAUUUUUUUGACACUCAAAAAACGACCACGUCACAGUAAAGUAUUUGGACAAAUUUACAUGAAACCAUAUCGUUUACCCAGUAAAAAACUAUUUAAUUAUCCACAAAGAUACUUUGAUCAACUUACUCCACCAAGGCCAAGUGAUUUAUUGACAAUUCCUAACUUCAGUUUUCCUGUAAACAAACAAGAAAAAAAGAAGGUACCAAAGAUUCAAGAAAGUCAACUUUUAAGUGAUCAUUUGUUGAGUCCUCCACCAGUUAUAGUUGGGCGUUCAAUUUCUCCCGAAAUUUUUUCUCAUAGUAAUAGCAGUAGUGGUGAUGAAAGUGAACUUGAAAGUGCCAACUGCUCCUCGCCUACUUCUGUAAGAUUAUAUCUUCCAAAGCCACAUAUCCCUGUUCAAAGAAGGGCAACAAUAAGUGGAGCCAGUCCUAUUGGAAAACAUGCACCAUUCAAUUUUGAUCAGUUUUGGAAUGAAUUGAAACAAGUUAAUGAAGCUCAUAAUAAUAAUAAAAAUAAUAGUGAAAAAUCUAAUAGUGAGAUGCAACUUAGCAAACGUUCCAAACCAACAAAAGUUCAUUGGACAUCACUACCACCAAAUGAAGAGAAAAUUGAAAGUCAAAAAUUUUCUGAUAAGAAACUCGUUGAUACAUCUAAUAAAGACGAUGGUUUAAAUAGCUGUAAUUUAAUUUCUGUCAAAGAGCGAAUUAAUCAAUUGAAAAUUAAUAACAGCCCAGAACAUACUAUUAACAAAAAACCUAAAAUAAUGCCAAAACCCUUUGUUUCUAAAGUUGCUAAACCAAUUGAUAAUCCAUUAUUUACUAAAGUUCGUGGUAAACUAGACAAAAGUUAUAGUACUCCUUCGUAUGACUUUUCUGCAGAAUGUAAUCUACCUAAUGAUUUUGAAUAUUUUGAUUCUGAUUUGAGAAUGUCAAUUGAAGAUGUAAAAAAUUAUGACACCAAUGAAGUCGCUAAUAACUGUGUUUUUAAUGAAGAUAAAUUCAAAAGACCUGAUAAACCUGUUAUAGUUUUUCCUAAGCCACCCCCUCCUCGAACUGAUGACAAUGUUUCUUUAGCAACUAUGACAGAAACAGUUGGAAAUAGUUCUAUAAACAAAUCAGUAAAACCAAUUUUAUACUUUCCAAAACCUCCUCCACCUAGAAUUGAAGAUUUAGAUUUUUCAAAAACCAAAGAUACUUAUAUAAUUGAUAAUAAUGGAUUUGAACCUGAAAAUAGUAAAAAUAUAGAACAAUUUAGCAAUAGAGUAUCAGAAUCUGGCAGUGGAUUUUCAUUUGAUUCAAAACAAGAAGAACACUUAGAAAGUACUACAAACAGUUACUUAGAAAAUCAAAAUGAAAAGUUCUUAGAUUAUGAUAACAUUACAACGCAUAUAUCUCAAGAUAGAGUUCCAGAAUCAAUAGAUUGUUCCAAAUAUUCUAUGAACCAUUCUAAAAAUAAUUCUUACUCAAACAAUAAACAUCAAGAUCCAUCAGAUUUUGAAAAAAAUUCAUUUUCUGAUUUGUCUGACGCUUGCCCACCACUGUCAUUAACUGAUCUUAGUGGUAGUGAUGAUAAUAUAUUUCGUGUGGAUACCAAAGAUAACAUAUCUUUACCAUCUGAACGAACAGCCAUCAUACACCAUCAAGCUGUAUUAAAUACUCCAGCUACAUUUCCUAGACAAAAAACUGAAACAAAAAAAUCUCAGCCGCCGGUACCACCUCCUAGACCAUCCAAGCCUGCUGAACUGCCUAAAAGAACCAGCUAUAGAGCUAUGCUUGGUGCUAAAACUAUUGGCAAAAAAGAAAAUAAAGGACAGAAACAACUAUUUCAACGGAAUCCAUUAAUAGCUAAACGUCGAAAUAUAAGUGCUAAAGAAUUAGGUAUGUGUGAAUAUCAAGGAUGGCUCUAUCAAAGAUCUAAAAAAAUAUCUCCUAGAAUGCAGUGGAUUAAAGGAUGGUUCAUUAUUAAAGGAACUACUUUUUAUGGGUUUAAUAAUAAAGAAUCAUCUAAAUCUCGACUUAUGAUUAUAUUAUCUGGUUUCACGGUAUCUGUUGCUGAUGAAGUUAAGUCAAGAACUAAUGCUUUUAAAGUAUACCAUAUGGGAACCAUGUUCUAUUUUGCAGCUGAAACACCAGAUGAUUUAUCCAUGUGGUUAGAUUGGUUUUCAACCGCUACCAUAGCUGAUGGACAUAAUUCAAAUAUUGUGGCUGUUAGCGAGACUGAUGGUGAAGAAGAUGAUGACUUAAAUGAAAACCAUGAAUUGGUAGAUACAGCUUCAUCAAAACCAGGAACAUCACAUGAUUCUUCUUUUACAAGUUCAGCUUUUAAGAAUAUUUCAACAUUUCUGUCAAGUCAUAUGGGGUCACAUUCGAAUCAUAGUACAAAUUCUAAUAAAAACAAAACGGAUAAAAGCUUUCAUUCAUUAAAAAAACAACAAAAAAAGAAUUUGACAAAAGAAGAUCAAGCAAAAGGUAGCAGCUUGGACAGAAAACAUUGGAAAUUUUUAGGAAUGGGUAUGAUUGGACGUGAUUCAAAUGAACCAGUUCCAACAUCUCAAUAUCGUAGUUAUCGAAGAGUACCUCCAACAGUUCCUAAGUGUGCAACAGAUGCAUCUGUACUCCCUAGUUCAUAUAACCAAAAUUCUGAUAUUUAUCCUACGUCUCAAAUUAACCAUAAUCGUCCAGCAGAUAUGGUUGAUUAUCGAUUAGCUUCAAUAACAAAACCUGAUACUAACCAAAGAAGAGCAGAUCCUACAAACAGUUCUGAAAUAACACUAGAAUCAUUUAUACAAUCCCGGCAAGAUGAAAGGCGUAUACAACACCUACAUAUGGGAAUGCGUGUACCUCAAUACAUAGCUCCACCACCACCACUACCACCAGGAAUUAGAGAUGAUCAAAAUCAACAAUUUUUGGAUCAAGCUAGUUUCAGAAUUGCUGCUGAAAGUGAACCUCGAUCAAGGCAACCAAUCACUGCAUUGACUAAUGUUGAACACAAUUACAAUUUAAGUGUAUUACCUCCUUGGCUAACUGAGAGUUCAACUCAGUCUAGUGAUUUUAAUGGAAAUAGAAAUUCUAAAACAUUUCCACAUCCUCGUGAUGGUCCAUAUAUGCCUCAAUUGUCUGAAUCACACGAACAUCAAUUAUAUUCCAAUCGAUAUCCUUUAGAUCAAAUCAGUGACACUGAAUCAUUAGAAUAUCCAUCUGUUUUUGAACCAGAGACUUAUUCAUUAACCGAUGUUCAUUCAAGAAGACGAGAUCGGUCGAAUAAUAAUAUCGAAAAUGAACCUGGAAACAGUAAUAGUUACAGGUGAUAAAUGUAUAGAUUUAAAGGUACUGUUUUUUUGUAUUUUAUUCAUUAGAUUAUAUGUAUUAAUUUGUUUCCUUAAAUUUAUACCUAGAAAAAUUGUUUAAUAUCAAACAUGUAUACAUAUGUAUAACAGAAUUUAUUUAAUUUAUAUAACAAAAAUUACUCUUAAUAUGAUAUUUUUUCAUACAUCACACAAAAAUCCUAACUAAAUAUAAUUACUUGAAAAUGUGUGUUUUUAUCAAAGUAUUAUAUUAGUUUAAUAAUUGUUGUGAUCUAUUUAUUUUUGUGAACUUUUAUUUACUGUUGAAAUAUAAUAUUUUAUAGUAGUGUUUAAAUUCUGACUGUUGAUUUUCAUUAAAUAUUUUAUCAUUUAUAA